GGCGAUUGGGAGACAAUCCCUGACAAGAAGUUGACGUCAGAGGCGUCGGUCGAGUGGCGCACAGAACUCGAGCCUCACAUCACAGGCACUGACAGAGCAUUCAGUGCUCACAUUCUCGAUGAAUUGAAGUCAAGUAGCGAAAAGCGAGAGAUGGAUAGCCUUGACAUCCAAACGAGAAAUGCAUUGAAAAAGCAU